CUUGCUUAUUGGAUUUCAAACCGGACGCUUCGUGCACGCGGCGCUCCACUCACGCACACGCACACACCCACACCGCGCUGGCAUUGAUAUACAUAUAUAAAUGUGUGUGUUGCGAUUAAAUAAUACUCCACAAAAGGCCAAACAAAUUACAUAAAAUCGGAAUCAAAAUAAGUGUCCUCCGUGUUGUGUUCAAAAUAUAUAACCAAUUGUUUUCAUUAGUCAAAUUAAAAUAGUAAAACGUAUAAAGCGUAAAAGUUCCUAUAAAAAAAAACAACGUCUCCGUUUCUUAAAAAUUUUCCUACUGCGUCGGAAUUAUUGUCUUGGUUAUUGUUAUUGUUGUUGUUUCUGGCGAAUUCCUGUAGAAUUUUUGUGUUUUGUUUCAACAAACAUAUACUAGUGAGAUUAUUAAUUUCUGCAAAGAAAAAACAAAAACGAGAGUGUGAAAAAUAAAAACGAGCAAAAAAUUAAUAUUUGAAACCCCACACACAUAUACACAAAGGCACGCGCAGAGCCGAAAAAAUACGCGCGCUUUAUAGAGUGUGUGUGUACGCUGGUUCUUCUUCUUCCUGCGUGUGCCCAUUGGAAUUUGUACCCCAAAUCGCAAUUACAACAUACACAAACAGAGAGCGGCCCUAUUUGCCAUCCUGUUCUUUCUCACCCGCCUAGUAUACGCAGCCAGGAGAGUGGAAGAGAGAGAGAGAGAGAGAGAUAGUUUUGUAAUCGUCGAUGCCACAACGCGUAAACAUUAACGGUACACAGCAACAGCUCCAAUCGCCAAGUAGCGGCGCCAGCGGAAUCGCAGCGGCCGCAGUCGUCUCGGUAGCAGCCGCCUCGAGCAGCAGCAGCACAACAGAUUGCAGCGACCACUGCAGCAGUAAUAGCGUCGAGCAGCAGCAGCAGUUCAACAUUGCUGCCACUACAGCAACAUCGGCGACAGCGGCAACAAUGCCGGCUAUGGCCAAGGAGAAAGCCUCAGCACCUGUGUCCUUGGGCGAGCCUAAUUUCGGGGAUCUCAACCUGAAGGAACUGGCCGUGGUCGUCGGAGCCAUGGCGACAUCAGCGGCGGCAACGAGACUGCACCAGCAACAGCAACACACGUGCGGCUGUGGAGCGGCAGUCACUGAGAAUAACAACAACAGUCGCUACGGCAGCAGCAACAAGUAUCUGACAAAUGGUCACACUUCGCCUUUGGCGGCAGCGGUUGCCAGCAACAGUUCGUCGGUGGCCAUAACGCCGCAGUGCAGCAAGUUGUGCUGUCUGCAGCAGUAUCAGAACGGCUUGUCCGAACUGAGGCAGCAGAACAGUUCUCUACAGUUGUUGGGCAUGUUGCAGCAGCAGCAGGCGCAACAGCAACAGCAGCUAAAACAGCAGCAACAGCAGCAACAACAGCAGCAACAACAGCAGCAACAACAGCAACAACAACAGCAACAACAACAACAGCAGCAACAACAGCAGCAGCAACAGCCGCAACAGGCGCCUAGAAGGUCGCCAAACGAUUUCAUUUUUGGUCGGUACAUUGGCGAGGGAAGUUUCAGCAUAGUAUAUCUGGCGGUGGAUAUUCACUCGCGCCGCGAGUAUGCAAUCAAAGUAUGCGAAAAACGGCUGAUCCUGCGUGAAGGGAAGCAGGACUACAUCAAGCGGGAACGCGAGGUUAUGCACCAGAUGACCAACGUUCCCGGCUUCGUAAACCUGUCGUGCACUUUCCAGGACCAGCGCUCCCUCUACUUUGUGAUGACGUACGCUCGCAAUGGCGACCUUCUGCCGUACAUCAACCGCGUGGGCAGCUUCGACGUGGCCUGCACGCGCCACUACGCAGCCGAACUGCUGCUGGCUUGCGAGCAUAUGCACCGCCGCAACGUGGUGCACCGUGACCUCAAGCCGGAGAACAUCCUACUCGACGAGGACAUGCACACUCUGAUCGCCGACUUCGGUUCCGCGAAAGUAAUGACGCCCCACGAACGGGAGCUGGCCACGGAGCACUGCUCAGAGCAGCGGCGGAGCCACUCGGACGACGACGACGAGGACAGCGAUCGGCUGGACAACGAGGACGACGAGUACUAUGACCGGGACUCGGAGGAACUGGACGAUGGCGAGAGCUUCGAGGAGCAUCAGCAGCAGGAGGAGAUGGAUUCGCCGCGUCACCACCAGAGGCGGUACAACCGUCGCCGUAAGAACAGCUUCGUGGGCACCGCCCAGUAUGUAUCACCGGAGGUUCUCCAGAACGGACCUAUAACCCCGGCGGCUGACCUGUGGGCGCUGGGCUGUAUCGUUUACCAAAUGAUCUCUGGCCUUCCGCCGUUCCGCGGCAGCAACGACUAUGUCAUCUUUAAGGAAAUCCUUGACUGCGCCGUGGAUUUCCCGCAGGGCUUUGACAAGGAUGCGGAGGAUCUGGUACGCAAGCUCCUUCAGAUUGACCCGCGCGACCGUCUGGGUGCUCAGGACGAGUUCGGCUACUAUGAGAGCAUCCGGGCGCACCCCUUCUUUGCCGGCAUCGACUGGCAGACGCUGCGCCAGCAGACCCCGCCCCCCAUCUACCCGUACCUACCGGGCGUGAGCCAGGAUGAGGACUUCCGUUCCAGUUACAGCGUGCCCGGGGACUUGGAGCCGGGCCUCGAUGAGCGGCAAAUAUCGCGACUUCUCAGCGCGGAACUGGGCGUGGGCAGCAGUGUGGCCAUGCCCGCCAAGCGAUCGACCGCAAAGAACUCCUUUGACCUGAGUGAUGCCGAGAAGCUACAGCGCCUCGAGCAGCAGAAGACUGACAAGUGGCACGUGUUCGCCGACGGCGAGGUGAUCCUUAAGAAGGGAUUUGUGAACAAGCGCAAAGGUCUCUUCGCCCGCAAGCGAAUGCUUCUGCUGACCACCGGACCGCGACUUAUCUAUAUCGACCCUGUGCAGAUGAUCAAGAAGGGCGAGAUUCCAUGGAGCCCAGAGCUUCGUGCCGAGUACAAGAAUUUCAAGAUCUUCUUUGUUCACACGCCAAAUCGCACCUACUACCUGGACGAUCCCGAGGGCUACGCCAUCCACUGGUCGGAGGCCAUUGAGAAUAUGCGCAAGCUGUCCUACGGCGACUCCUCCUCCUCCACGUCCGCAUCUGCAGCGUCAUGCUCGAGCGGCAGCAGCAAUAGCUUAGCGGUCACCUCUAAUUCCUCCGCAGCCUCCUCCAGUAGUUCACCCACGGCGCGACGCAGUUCGCCCGUGAACGCUCCCCAGCCAUCUACGGCGUCCGACACCAGAACAUUGGGCAGCAGCAGAACAGGAACGUCCCCUAGAAAGAAGACGGCGUCCAAGUGAACGGAAACCAAGUUGUAGCAAUGUGAAAUUAAAUUAUAAUUUAGUAGAAAAUUCAGUGCAAAAGAAGCGAUGGUGGCGAUGGAGAAGCGCGAGGGUAUAGAAGUAAGCAUGGCAGUAGGCAUAGGUGAUAAAGAGGAACUAAUGAUCGUGUCUCUAGUGCUAAUUAGAACCCAAUUUCUGUUUUUCGUUUUAUAUUGUGCUUAGGGUGGAGAAUAGUACUUUAAUAUAAACUAAUCUAAAGUUAAAUACAUCAGUAACGGCUAAGUAAAUUCAAUUUGAAACUUAAAUUAAAUAUUUAUAUACAACACAUGAAUACACAUAUAUUCGUAUUUACCGCGUAGUUAGUCACAAUUUAAAUAAAUUAUCGAACUUGGGUAAGAUCGAGAUGCAGAUCAGAUCGAUGGAGGUGAGAAAGCCGUAUUUAAUUUUUGAAUUACUAGAAAAAUGUGUGAAAACUGUAUAUAUGAUAUGGAGAAGUGGGAUUUGUAUUUCUGUGUUAUGGUGGCAAAACAAAUAUCGCGUAGAUGUUAUGUAAAUUUUGUAAACAAAUGUAACUAUGUAAAGAACUAUAUAAGCUAUAUCUGCGCACGGCAAAAAGAGCCUAAGACCGGAGGUAAGGUGCCCGAAAACCAUCAAUGCAACAUCUACGAGCAUCGAUGUUUUUCCAGCUCCUCCGCCCAGCUUUCUAGUUAAUUCUAAUCUAAUGAACUACGCUAAUUGUCAUUACUUAUCAUUGUCAUUAUGCUUUUCGUUUACCUAUUUGCCCUAUGAAGAAAUGUAUAAGACUUGAGCUACUCUAAUUGCAACCCUAUUGAAAGAACGAAUUUCAAAUUUAAUUUAAUUUUUAUUUAGUAAGAGCCGCCACUAGAAACUCAUACCCCGGCUGGCUUUCCAAUACGGCCGGUGGUUAACAGACCCAAGUUUGCAAGAAAUCGCGGUCAUUUGUCGAUACCCGUUUCCAAUUGAGUGUGUAAAACAAGUCUUAUACAGUGUAAUGUGUAAUAGAUUUAAGACAGACUGGAGAAAAGUUUCUAAAACUCGCGCGUAUUAGUUAAAUUUUGUAAUCGCCCAUCCCCUCCCAUCCCUAGACUUAAGAUAUAGAGAAUAAGAGACGAGCAGAGGUGUAGAGUAAGGACCGAAGUUGAAAGAAAGCAAAAAAUACAUUUUGUACAUACAUAUCGCCUUUGGGCGUGGCAGCGAUUAGCAGCCUCGGCAGUCGAUAUAAAUAUAAACCUAAUUUAAUUUGUUUGUAACUCCUAA